GGCUGCGAUCGCCGUCGUCGCCGUCGUCGCAGUCCCCGAAGCUCAGCGAAUUCCAUAAAGGCCUUCUGGUUUUCCACAGAACGAGAAAGAGGGAGAGAGAGCGCCAUGGGAAGGAAGCCGAAGGUCGCGAAGGUCGAAGAGAAGCCUCAACUGCUUGGAAGCAGAAUUGUCCCCGAGAGGAAGGAAGAGUUGCCGCCUGAAGGUGCAAAGUCACCACCAAAUGGACUACAAAUGCAGCCUGCAAAUCCAAAUCCUUCACUUGAAAAAGUGGAACCAAUGGCACAGAGUGCAGACCCUUCUUUGGAAAAAACAACAAAGCCUAAAAGGAAAGCAUCUGCCAGCUUGUCCACCAAUAAGAAGUCGAGAGAGGAGUACGGUUCGGUCCGCCGAUCUGGACGUCUGCAAAAUGCUGUGGUUCCUGCUAGGAUUAAGGACAUAGGACCUGUUUUCCAAGAUAUAACUGCCAAUGACAGUGAGAAUGAAGAUGAGCCACCUUUACCUGAAGAAGGUCCAUUGCAAAAGCUAAGCUUGAGUGAAAUGAGCUUGGAGACAAAAGUCAAUUACCUGUUUAAACAGCUGGAACUACCAGCAAGAUUCAUGGAACCUUCCAAUUCUAAGGUGGCUGGGGAAUUUUUGCCAAGUGGAAGUGCUUCCAAUGCAGAUCUUAAAUACAAAAUUUUGCAUAUGGAUUGUGAUAAGAAGAUUGAAGCCCUACAACAUGAGAAUCAUGUCCUUACCGUGAAGCUAGAAAAUGCUGUCGGCAAACUUGAAAUGUAUGAGCAAGGGAACCACAUAUUCAGUGAAGUAUUGGAUAAACUGAAACAAAUGGUCGUGUUAUUCAAUUGGACUAAACCCGCUGAAACGGCUGCUCACGGAAAGCAAACGGCGCGGGAUGGUUCUUUUUCUCCAGGUGCAGUUGGGAAUGCUUCAUCUCCCAAGAGGAAGGCGUGUGAUGGUUCCUUUUCUCCAGACGCAGUUGGAAAUGCUGCUUAUCCCAAGAGGAAGAGACCAGUAGACGAAGCCCAGAAGAACUGAGUUUCUCAAUGGCAUUAGGUUAUUCCUAGUAUAGCAUAUCAGUUCACUGACUAUAGUAAGUCACACUAGAUCUCUUUCGCUUUUUGGCUGGUUUUGUCUAUGAUAUGUGCAUCAAGUCUAGCCACUUCAGUUGGCUGGUUUUGUUUCUCACUCAGUUUGUAGUUUGA